CGUGCGCUCCAUUCGCUUUCCCUCCGUAAUCUCCCCGCUGUUCUCACCGUGUCGCAAAUGCACAGCGUCUGCUUGCUGGUCGGGAAUCAAAAUCUCUUAUCUAUAAAGUCGGCGCAAUACUGCCAUUUAUCCAGAUUUUGUUCAAGGGCUUGAUCGUUUUCGAUCGCCAUUGCUAAGCUGGUCGCGUUCUGUUUCUUUUACUCCACGUGAUUCCGCACUUCCGCUUCUUGUUCUCUGUUUCACUAUCGCUUUGUAGGGUUUUGUUUUUCUUGUUUGGUUUGUUGGAUGGCAGCACAGCACAAAUGCUGCGAGACUAGCUUCUUUAUUAACCUGGUGGUCGUCGUGCUGCUAGUGCUCUUUGCGGGGCUAAUGUCCGGGCUAACCCUCGGCCUUAUGUCACUAAGCCUUGUCGAUCUCGAGGUAUUGGCAAAAUCAGGCACCCCGAAGGACCGCAAGCAUGCUGAAAGGAUAAUGCCUGUUGUUAAAAAACAACACUUGUUGUUGUGCACUCUUCUCAUUUGCAAUGCCGCAGCUAUGGAGGCUCUUCCAAUUUUUCUUGACAGUUUGGUUUCAGCUUGGGGUGCAAUAUUAAUUUCUGUCACUUUGAUACUACUAUUUGGUGAGAUUAUUCCACAGUCUGUAUGCUCUCGAUAUGGUUUAGCAAUUGGAGCAGCACUGGCACCUGUGGUUCGUAUACUCAUAUGUAUCUGCUUUCCUAUUGCAUAUCCUAUCAGCAAGUUGCUGGACUAUAUUCUUGGAAACGGCCAUGCCGCUCUUUUUCGGAGAGCUGAGUUAAAGACCCUUGUUAGUUUGCAUGGCAAUGAGGCUGGAAAAGGAGGGGAGUUGACACAUGACGAAACAACAAUAAUUGCCGGAGCACUGGAACUUACUGAGAAAAAUGCAAGAGAUGCCAUGACUCCUCUUUCUCAGGCUUUUGCAAUUGAUAUCAAUGCAAAAAUUGGCAGAGAUUUGACAGGUAUGAUUAUGGAGAAGGGACAUAGCAGAGUGCCAGUUUACUACAAUCAACCUUCAAACAUAGUUGGGCUUCUUUUGGUAAAAGAUCUGUUGAACAUCAAUCCUGCAGAUGAGGUUCCAGUAAGAAGUGUUACAAUUCGCAAAAUUCCAAGGGUUAAAGAAGACAUGCCUCUUUAUGAUAUUCUAAAUGAGUUCCAGAAGGGUUACAGCCAUAUGGCAGUUGUUGUGAAGCUGAAAAGUCCAAAUGAGCAGCCUGAGGGCAAUAUCGACAAUGACGUUCGGGUAGACAUUGAUACUGACAAGGCCAAGCUAGAGAAAAAAAUGACGCCUAAGUUGCCGCCACUACACAAGUGGAAGAGUUGCCCUUCCGGUGCUGGAAGUUUUAACAAAGGGAGCAUGAGAGGGAGUACUAAAAAACGGCUUAGAGAUAACUUGGCUGAUGUUUUGCAUAUCAAUGGCGAGCCUCUGCUAGAAUUAAACGAAGAUGAGGCCAUUGGGAUUAUAACUAUGGAAGAUGUAAUUGAAGAGCUUUUACAGGAGGAAAUUUAUGAUGAGACAGAUGUACAUGAGGAUUUAUGACAAAGUACUGAGUUUCUGAUUGUAUUUGAUUCUGUUAUUGUAAUAUGCCCAUUUCAAUGGGUUUGGACCAUUAUUGUACCGUUGCAUUUGUGGAAUUUGUAGUAAGAAAUGAAUUUGAUUGUUAUGAAGGUGACAAGCACAAGAAGGCUAUUUUUUUCAAAUACGAAGUGAUGGCAACUUUC